CGCUUUUUGCCAAGGCGAAGAGAGUUUUUCUGCUAUGUAGUCUUUUGAGGAGAAGGAUGUGCUUCCUUGGACUGUUUCCGUUGUAUUUUUCCGAAAGGCAUUACAGACAAAAGUCAAAUCGCAGCUAUGAUUCGUUUCUCGCUCCGACGCGUUUGACGCCCGUCUACGGUCUCCCCGUCUUCCGAUUUUACGGUCUGUCGCGUGCGUUCUGAACGCUGCCUCGGAAACUUCUUGCAAAGGGAUUGAAAUUUUGCGGGCCGCUGGCCUCAUUUCGCUUCUUUUCCAGAACCACUGAAGGCUGCUGGCUUCUCAGAGGGGAUUAGCUGCGUGCUGUGGAUAAAGCGUCCGUGUGUUUUUGGCUGUUUGUCUCUCGCGUUCUGCCCGGGACAAGAACAAGGGAAAAGACUCUCCUUUGUGUGUCUGCAAAUUCCCGCAGUCCGCGUUGCCCUUCCGAAGAAGUACUUCGCUAUCGUUCUUUUUUUUUGGUGAUUUUGCUGUGUCUUUCGUUCUUUUUUGCGAGGCAGCGUCCAUAGAGGUAAGCUGGAUUUCCUGCCCGCAGAGCCGCUGGCGUGGAAAAAAAAGCGAAAUAGCGGCGAUUCUGAAGAGCGAAGACUGCCGGAGCGGGAGUUUUUGAUGUGUCAGCGAAGAGGCUUUCUUCCGCGUGGCGCCCGUUGUAUGCGUCGAGCGUUUGGCUGCGGCACGUGGACUUCCCCAGGACGACAUUUUUUUUUCGCGCCUUUUGCCUCUCUCGACGAGAAGAUGCCGUGGUACGUGUCCGUUUCUUGAAUGUGGAUUUGUCAGUUUCUCGCAAUCCUUUUAUAAUUUGUUUUCGUCUCGCAAGUUGCAGUGCGACGGGACGUUUCGUGUUGUCUUUCACUUCCCACUUGGAGGAAGCUUCUUCGACUGAAGAAAGCCGUUUUUCUCUCCGUCAACGGCACGAACCUCUUUGAACGAGCGUCGAUGCGUGCGUGUAAAGGCCCCGCAAAGAGGAGCUCUCGCAGUGGAGAAAAAACGCUGGGCGAGUCAGGGCUCCCAGCGAAAAGGAUGGGGAGCGAAUGCACCCACGGGAGUCCCGUAAAGAGAUCACGUCUCGCUUUCUCAUUCGCAGCCAUUCAAUAAUCGCAUCCAUGUCGUCUGCUGGCGAGUCCCUCCUAGCUCUGCUGCGGCCACAGGCAAAGGGUUCUGGUGGCUCCGCGAGCGCUCCCGUAGCGGCUGAGUCGCAAAGAAAUCGCGAAAGAAUGUUUCUUCCUGUCGCUUCACGCGAAGGAAGUCAAGUGGUCGUGCCUCGAGAAGAAGGCCGGAGAAACGGCGCCGUCCCGGUGGCAGACCCGACGAGCUUGCGGGUGCUGGAGGGGGCAGAUUCCAGUGUUGUUCCAGGGACACGCAGCGAUGGGAGAGUCCAGAACCCGGAAGGGACCAUUGGAACAGGUUUUCGUUUUGCUUCCUCGCCAGAACCGCGCACUUUCUCAUCUAUCUACCGCACUUCUGCCCACACUCACUAUGCUGCAAGGACCGGGCAGGAGUCCUCCGCUUACGUGUACGAAUCUUCCAGUGUUUGUACAGCUGACGUGCGGGUCGGGCCGGCCGCCGAAGCGGCCGCAACGUCGACCUGCGGUCCGUCGCGUUUUUCCGCUCCCGCCGGCGACAGUUCUCGCGGGAGUGUCUUCCAAACAGGUGUGGCUCGCGCGAACUUUUCCUCUGAGGCUGCUAGGCAGCACUCCUCUGGUUUUUCCGUCCCGUCUGCGAAACCUUCUGCAGCUUCAGGUGUAUCGACUCCCGCCUUUCACGGGAACUUGGGUCCGUUUCAGCGCGACCCCGCCAUUCUCUCUGCGUCUCGUUCUUCGUCUUGUACCAGCUCAGCGCCAUCAGCGCCGCAAACGACUCUUGCGCAGCAGACCUCAGUUACCGUCUCGCAGUCUGUCUUCUCGUCUCUACAGCACACCUCCUCGUCGCCUUGUCUCCAGGCCUCCGAGUUCACCGCUGCCACUGCCAAAUCCCUUCACUCGGCGCCGUUUCAAAGCAACGAGGGGCCUGCGUGUUUGACGGAGGUGGCGCAGAGCGGCGGACUUCGUUCAGACGCCUUCAAGGGUUCCGUUCCUCUCGACCAGAGACCUGGAUCCGAAGGCUCCACAGAAAAGAGGAAUUCAAGGAAUCUACCUGCUGAAGCUUCUUCUGUGUCAAACACCACACGGGUGUUGCUGGCGGCCUUGGGAGCGGCGCAGCCGACCUUGCUGUCCCGAUCGAAGCGGGAAGAUGUGGGAUCCUCGGGAGUCUCUGUGGAGCAAUCUGAGCAUGUGCCUGUGGCUGGCGCCCGCAGCGGAACACUCGGGAACGCAAAUUUGCCUCCUGGAGAGGUUCCGACAUCAAUCGUAAUGAGGGAGCAGAGUUUUUCAGUCUCGACUCAGAGAACGAAUGCGGGUUCACCAGACUCCGAAUCGACCGUUCUUGCCGAAACGCGAACAGUGGAAAUUCAUCAGCGAAGACCGUCAGAGAGAGCUGAAGCCUCCAUGCACGACGCCGCCGGGGUCGCGAACGCCGUCGGGUGUCUAGACAGCUCAGUUGCAGGGACGCAGCCAAAGGUGGCGUCUCCGCCGAGAGACAGUCCAGGCAGAGAUGCUCCCACCUCUUUUGCUGGCCACGUUUCUUGCAUCACGUCUAGCUUCGACCCCCUUGCCUUCGCUUCCCCUGGCGACAAGACGGCCACGGGAAUCCUUGGAGUUUCUCUUGUGCCGUCUGCCGAAAAGAAUCGGGAGACACUUCCUGCCGAGGGGGAGCCUUCGGCGGGCCGGCGGGAAGAUGGGCCAGGAAGCGAGAAGAAUGACGAUAAAAAGGAGAAGGGUCAGAAGAAGAAGCGGAAAAAGGAGAAAGAGAACGAGAAGAAGGAGGAGAGAAGCACGCUCAACAGCUGCGACGCCCAGAGCAGUUCGAGCUGCAGUGAGGCGACAAGCAACCAAGCCCCGGGCGAGGACGGGGCAGAUGCGCCUACCAAUCUUACAGCAGAGAGGGAGAAGGCGAAUGGAAUUAAGCGCAAGUGUCGCGACCCUGCUCUCCUAGAUGAAGCCCUGCUUGACUGCUAUGGGCGCUUCAUCACACUUCUUCCCGACGCCUUUCUCAGAGACCGCAUUCACCUGUACUUUCAAAUCCAGGAGGCGUUCUGGUGGUACGACGAUAUUUGGUGGGAGAAGCAUGCAGAGCGCCUCCCAAAGUUGACGCUGAAGGAUUUCGGGUGCCUCAUCUGUCACGACUGCCCCAUCCUCCAACACUACAUUCCCCCCGAGAAGCACGACAAGUUCCUUGCCAACUGGAAACGCUAUUGUAGAACGAUUCCUCUGCGCGGGGCCAUCAUCCUCAACGAAGAUCUCUCCAAGUGUCUCAUGGUCACAGGUUGGAAGGGCGGCACGUGGAUGUUUCCCCGCGGGAAGGUCGACGAGAUGGAGCAGGACGCCGUGUGUGCGUGUCGGGAGAUUUGGGAGGAAGUCGGCGUGGACAUUUCGCCGUACAUCGACGAGGAGGUGUACGUGGAGCACGUUAUCGAGGAGCAGCCAAUUAAGUUGUUUAUCAUUCCUGGAAUCAAGGAAACGGUGAACUUCCAACCGCUGAAGCGAAAGGAGAUCGGCCGGAUCGGCUGGAUCGACACCUGGCGGCUCCCAGGCUGGCACUUGCUGCAGAGUCCGCACUCCGCACACCCGGGGAUGAUUGACCAACAGAAGUUUCUCCGGACUUGGCAAGUUGAACCUUUCAUCCCGGCACUCCGAGGGUGGAUCGAGCUCCUGAAGAAGUCUGGGCGCCGAUUCGCAGCUGUCGCCGCGGCGUCUACGAAGCGCGCGGGAGGGAGCCCGGUCUCCUCUGUCUCUCUGCAUGCGUUGCCUUCGACCUCGACAUCGACGUGCAUUGCCGGCUGCUACUACCAGGUUGCCCCCGAUGUGUCCCGCCACGUGAUUGAACACCUCCAGGACGCUGCGCGGGCGCUCCCGUACAGCGCCGCGCUCGCAGGCAUUCGCCUCAAGCCGUCUGCGGCUCCGCGCCAGAGUCCCUCGCCCCAGAAAGGCCCCGUCAGUUCUCCUGCGGGCGCCCUCCCAGAAGCAUUCCAGGCCGCCACGAGCCAAGGCACUCGGCCACAAAAACAAAUCGGCACGCUCCCCUGGACGGGCUCCGUGACCACCGGCGCCCCAGAGAGCUACAACGCAGAAACGCCCGUUCUGAACACCAACACGGGGAAGCCCCGGGUGCUGCAGGCCAGGCCCGGAGCCGGCGGCGAGGUCGCGGGCGUACGUACACCGCAGCCGGCCGGAGAAGCAGGGGCGGGUGGCGCUGUGUGUACACCGGAGGGCGUCGAGCCGCAGGAAGAGAGCGCGGGGGUGGCAGACGACGGACACUUUGGGCAUCGAUGCACGGUCAGUGGAGGAGCAGGUUUUUCCGGGUAUCACCUGCCGGCGGCGGGCAGGGGUCGAGGCCAUUUAGUGGGCAUGCGCCUCCGGGAAGUGGGGCUGCGGAGCUUCGAUGACCAGGACGUCGACCGGCGGCGCGCGCUUCAACAGCUGACGUUUGGCGGACAAGGAAGUGCGUUGAUGACAAAGGUGCCCUUGUCGCCUUCUUCGGGCGAGCGACUGGCGAAGACCCCGCGGGGGAGCUGUUCGUCCGCGAGCGAGUCACCCGGGGAAGGCGGUGCCUCGGCGGCCGUUGGCCAGAGGGGCCACGGCGCUGCGGGCAGGAAGAAGAAGUCCUCGGGGGGAGACACUGGAGACACCCGCGAGGCCUCUGGCGGGCAGUCUCCGCCUUCGCCGGUGGCGGCACCGCAGCGGAAGAAAGCCACGUCGCUGGACGACUUGGGAGUCUCGUACCACGUGCCGAGCAAGGUGGGGAGGCGCGGAGAGCGCGCCGGUCCUGGUGCGAAGAAGGCUCGCGCGUGGGGUAAGGACAGAUGCAAUAACACUACUUUCGGAGGCGGCCACGGCGGCGGGUGGAGCGUGGAAGAGAUGUUUCGCUUUAAUGAAGAAAACUUCGGAGUCGUCUCCACAUACGACAUCGAGUCAUACACCGUCCCGCUGCCAAAGAAGGUGCCUCCGCAGGGAGGCGAGGGGAUUCCUCGCCGCGGCUCCGCGAGGUCUGGAGGAGAUGCCUCCUCGACCGUACUUCCAACUCCUGCCAGCGCGAUCCCCAAAACCCAGCAGACGCUUCGACAAAUCGGAAUUGCCGCGGCGGAUCCCGAAAGAGGACGCGAAGGCAACGGCGCAAGUUCUGGAAACGGAAGUACCGGGAAAGCAGCCAUGGCAGCGGCGGGUGGAAGCGAGGGGGCGGUGGGGUCGUGCAGUAUCGACGGGAGCGUAUGUCGCGCGAGAGAGGACGAGAAAGGAGAGAAAAGGCGUCUGGGCGCGAGCGCCUCGAGUACGCCUCUCUCGUCGAAGGCGGGAGGGAGCCAGAGCGAACACCCGACAGGGAAUGCCGUGCCAGGCGGCAAUCUUGAGAAGUCGGGACCAUGGACGGAGUCGCGUGUCGUUACACCUGGGCUCCCCACGCUCAAGGAAGGAAGUAUAGGGAGUGUCGGGCGCGCGCCCGAGGCGCCCACUCGUCUUUGCCAGAACGCCCAGGCUUCCGCCGCCCUUCUGGGGCUUCUGAAGGGAGGGGUGAAUCCGCCUGCAUCUUCGCUCGAGGGGAGGGGUAAGGAGACGAAUGUAGGGACAACGGCCGAGCAGCGAGCCAAGGCGGGAGGGGACGCCAAGGUGGGGGGUGACGGCAAGAGGAGUGUCGCGGAAGCUCCCGAGGCGACAGUGGUCGCUCCGACGACCGCGGCCCGAGAGAGUGGAGUCGCGAUCAAGGGCCCCUUCGUCUUCGACGCUUUUCUUCAGAAAGUGAAGGAGCAGCAGCGAGGACUGGUGCUCUCCCAGGAGUCCUCGCUUCUCGCGAAAGCUACAGAGACAGAUGGGAAGGCCAGCAAGGCAGAGGGGGCUCGCGUCUCCACACCGACGCUAGCUACGUCAGAGGGGACGACCAAGGUGUGUCUCUCGAUGGCAAUGCGGCAGCUGGCGGACUCGCCUGGAAUGCAGAUGGCUUGCAGCUCCGGGCCCUUCCACCGAUUUGAAAUGCUGGGGCCAGGCAGAGACACGGCGGCCGCUGGAGUAGGAGAUGGCACUGUCUCGUCUCCGCCGAAAACCCCUUCGUGUGUCUCGCCCCCCCGGUACGUCGCGGAGAAGCAGCGUCGACAGCAGGAAGCGUGGGCCGAGUCCGGCUUGGGCUCGAGUGAAAGCGAUGGCGAGUACAGAGCGAUGGCGUCUCCGCCUCCCGCGCCGUACAUGCACUCAAUGGACUCGCCCGGAUACGUGAGCGAAGGCCCCAACCUGGGGCGCCUCGCCAACGCUCUCGGCUCUGAGACGUCUCUUCCGUCCUUCGAACUUCACGAGUUUGAAGAGCGAGAAGUGGACGCACAUGAAGGAUUGCGGGAAGACUUCGCUUCCGUCACCCGAGGCGGAGACAACAGAUGGGCCAUACGGACAGCUGGAUCCGCCGAGGCGGCAGGUGCGGGCAGGGGGCAUGCAGGCUCCCCGGCGCUGACUGCGCAACGACCUCCUCUAGGAACCGCAACCGCCAGUGCCGAGGGCGAGCCUGCAGCUGGAGGAGCCCAGGACUCGUCAGGGGCCGGCGAGGAAAGUUGCAACAAGAAGGACACACGGUGGUCGAAGAAAACGGAGAAGCCUGGAGUUGGAGACCGUGUCGCUCGUCAACAGUUGAGCGAGUUCGGAGAAGACAAGGGAACUCAGCGACAAAGAAAACCGAAAACAGCGGCGAAGGAUGUGGAGAGAGCCUCGCACCUAAUGAGUGGCGCUGAGGCCGCGCAAGUUCAGCGGGGCCGCGAAGCCCACCGACCGGGGCCGGACGGACCCGAGAUGGGCUUCAGGAAAAACGGACGGAGGCAGAGGCGUGGUGCUCAGAGACGGAACGCCUGUUCGGGGUCGCGCGGCGAGAGCGGCGUGCGAUCUGGGGAAGAGAAAAACGAAGAUGGCACAGACGCGAGCGACGACGCGGAAGACGAAUAUGAACAAGACCACACGAUUCUCGGGAAGCUGAGGCGACUGAGUCAAGAUAUGAUUCCAGUGUCUCCACCACACACCGGCGCGGGUCGACAAGGUCGCAACUCUCGGCCUGUCAUGAAGACCCACAAUGACGAAGAUGCGGCUACAGGAGUAAACGAGAGCGCGAUGGUGGAGGUGUUCUCGAUGUGGCUGAGUCAGGGCCCGGGGGCGCCCAAGUAAGAAAAUGGAAGAUCUACACAAAAGUGCACCAGUGAAAAUGCAGGAAAACGGGAAGAGGCAUGGGCAGGAACUGCACACUUGACCAGGAAGCGAAACUGAGGGGUCCCGUUCCGUGUGAAAUUCCUUACGCCGGAGAGAACUACCUUGUGUAGUCUCGAACUUGCUGCGUCCGCGCGGGAGUUUGCACUUGGGUUAUUGUGACUUUCGCCUCAAACUACAAAGUCCAAGCGCCAGACACCAGCAAUGACGGACACAAACAGCCUGGUAGAACAUCGAGUAGGAAGUUCAUAGGUUCGGCAGGCAAGGGUUUUUCCCUUGUUCGAAAUGGUUGAUCCAAGGCCAUCCACGCUGAAAUCAGUCGACAGUUUGAGCGGGAGCAGUUCACGCUGAAGAACGGGGGACAGAGUGAUUCACGGGAGAGGUACGAAAACUGAGUGACCCCGAGGUACAGGUUACGGAGCUAUGUAAAAAAUUGCCGACAGUCGUGUUUUGCUUAGAGAAGCCGUAGAGUGCAGGUGGCCACGGCGUCAGUUGCAGCGAUACACAGCUCGAUGCAUAUCUAGUAAACAGAAAGGGAGAAGCGGAGUGGCUUUUACGUGAUGCCUCCAAUGGUUUCUGUUGUUUAGUUAAAGCCGUGCAUGGCCGCUUGGCAAGCUACAAUGCGCAGAUGAUAUUUUCGUUGGCGACAGCGUAACGAGUUCGCGGGUUCGUCCCCUGUAUGUAAUUUGGGGUAACUGGACAGCACGCGCGAGAAUGGAACCGACAGGAAAAGAAACAGAGAAAGGCAUAAAGCGAAGGGAAGGAAAAAUCGGAAGCAGCCCAAAACCGGACACUCAACCGGUGACGUCGAUUUCUCUUGUGUUCAUUGGCGUGCCGCAUGCAUCGACCUGAAAAACCAGAGAACGCGCGCAUCAGUCGUAAAGACAAAGCAACGUUAUCCGCAUGAAAGCGCUGCUGUUGACAGAGAAAGGCCGAAAAGGCUGUGAACCAGCAUGCGUCCCGUCAGUCUUCAAGAGAGGAAACUCUCAUCGUACACCGACAUAGAAAACAGAAACUCCGAAAAGUCUGAACAGAUGAGUUCAGCAACCGGGGAACACGUGUGUUCGCGUUUGGUAUGGUUAUUUGGACCGGUAGAAUAUAUAUUCCAGCGCUCCAUGGUGGUUGCGGCCAACUUUUGUAAAGGGUUUCAGUAAACUCAGUGUGUAUAGAACAUACUCUCUUCCAGAGUUUAGAGGUCUCGUUUCUUCAAUACAGCAAACGUCGGAACAGCGCAUGCUUGGACGUUUGCGUCAGUCGCGCAAAAGAACGUCCGGAUAUCUCCAACCUAGUUGUACCGUUGAUUUCAGUCAUCACUGAAUUCCUCCAGAGUGCCUUGACCAUGUGUAAAAACGAAGACAGGGUUCUUCUGCAAGAAAGUGUAUUUAUCGUAGAAAAUGAGAUGAAGAGUGUGAAACCUCUACCGGAUUUGCGCGUCUGUGUCACCGCAAUC